GUAAAUCUGGUGGCCUUGUUUAGACUAGUUCAUGCAUUGUAAAAUACAAUGGGAUCAGAAAGACGUUGGUUUAAUUACUGGAAAAAUAAGGCAUCUGAAGAAAUAAAUCAAAAUAGAGAAAGCUUACAUUUAAAUGGCCGUGUUUAUGGUACGUAUGUCACAACUGUCUUCUUACUGGAUACAUCAGCAAACAUGGCGGGGAAAGGUCUGGAACAAAUGAAAACAGCGUUCAAGGAUAUCAUUCAUGAGUUCUCUCAGCAUCCAUCAAUAACAGAGAAUGUGACAGUGAUAACGUGUGGACGGGACGUCAAAGUCCUCCAGUAUUACUCCGCAAACUACACAGAGAUAUCAGAGUGUGUCGAUGAUAUAGAGUGCAGCGGAGGAAGUCCAUUGGGAGCAGGAAUAAUAUUUCGCAAUUCGGGCAUCUGGUCAGCUCCUUAUUGCUCAAUGGGAUCAUUUGAUAUUCGAACCAAAAUAGUCAUUAUAACCUGUGGUAAACCUACAGCUUUUGACAGUGAGAACGACAGCGGUAUCUUUGGGGAUACGGACCUAAGUAUUCCGGGUAUUCAAAAUCCGUAUGGCCUUAACAAAAUAAAAGAGUCAAUAAUUAACCUAGUAAUGAUGAUAGGCAGGUAUAACCCAAUCUUUGUCAUUCCUGUAGGAGAUGAACCUGACAUUUGUUUUUUGGGAACGAUGAUUAUGGGAUGUCAUGGUGGCAAAAUUAUUCCGUUACACGAAGCCAGACAGUUUGGAAGAUAUGCUUUGAAUAUAAUCUUGGCAUCAAAAGCAACUCAGCGACAUCCAAAAGAGGCAAAUAUCUCCAAAGAAAAGAUUAAGAUGGAAGUUUCUGGUCUUCAGAAUGUGUCUGAAAAAGAUUUGGAAGACGUCUGUGAAAUCAUAGAAAAGAAACACGCAUACAGAUCUAGCAGUUGCAUCGAAAAGGAAAUAGAAGAAUCAGAGGAAGGAGAGUUUCAAGAAAAAUAUGCUCAUAUGCCGAACGUCGGGACUCGUGUUCAAAGAGGACCAGACUGGAGGUGGAAAAAUCAAGAUGGACUUGGAGCGGGAACUGUAAUUGGGCAUUCUGAAAAAUUUGGAUGGGUCAACGUUGAAUGGGACACUGGGCUUACAAUGCCUUAUAGAUAUGGAAACAACGGAAUGAUUACUGCGUAUGAUAUUGAACCUUGCAAUGAACCUAGAAUUCUUGAGGACCAGCCAAUUGCUGUUGGAUGUCUUGUCCGCAGAGGUCCUGAUUGGAAGUGGGGUGAUCAAGAUGGUGGAGAGGGUAACAUUGGAGCAGUUUAUCGUCUUAAGACACCAACAGAAGUAUAUGUCCGAUGGCCCAAUGGAAAAAAGAGCAAUUACAGAUUUGGAUAUAGAAACUGUUACGAUGUGGAAAUAUGCGAUCCAUUUGAUCCAGACAUCGACGAAAUGGUAAAGAAACAAAUACAAUGUUCUCAAACAAGGCACACAAAGGAAAUAAAUGCUGAAAGAGAGAAUAUUACAAAUGCGUCAUUGUGCUCAACCGGUGCUUUGACUUUAACAAUUACAAAACGUAAACAAGGAACAGAUGUAUAUAGUCAUGGUACAAGCGGUGGAGGAUGUGUUUUCAAAAACACGAGCAGUAAAUCGAUAGAAAAUGUUUGGCAAUGGCGAUCACCAAGUAAUACAUGGAAUGAUUUUCCAAAGGAUGCAAAUGACUCCAUAGUGGAUGUGUUUACAAAAGGCAAAGGGACAAGCGUCAUUGUGAAUCUCCAAGGACAACUAUGCAGGGUUAAUCUGAAGAACAAUUCUAUGGUAAACACAAUAACCAAAGAAACAUUUGACAUAAGACUGUGGAAUGAAAACAAUAUUUAAAUUGUUAUAUACGUUAGCCCAAGAAGUAAUCAACCGAACAUUAUACCGGUCAUUAAGUUUUAAACUGAUGGAAUGCUGGUAGCAAAAUAAAUGUCAUACUUAAAAGUUUUUAAAUGAAAAACUUUUACAAACGAUUGGUCGAAAUUAAUUAUUUAAUUUCAGGUACCUUUUAAAAUAAUGUAUGAAUUUUGUUUUUGCAGUAGAUAUCGAUCUGUAAUUUAAUUGCAAAAAUGCCUUUGUUUUCUGUCGCCCUGUUGAUUAAACUGUAUAUAUGGCGGUGCAUAUUUACAUCAGGAUCUAUUAUUCUUCUUAGAUCUUACAACAAAUCACUGGAGUAUAAAUUUAUUGUGAAAAAUAUUUUUAUGUUCAGAGCUAAGAAAUAACUUCAAAAGUUCUUGGGUGCUACCAAAUUCCACUGUGGAACGCGUUCUCCUGAAGAAUUUCUUUAAAAUGAAAUAACAGACCUCGUUCAGAUGCAGCCGAAUUUCAUGUCCUAUUUCUAUAACGUGUAUGACUAUUUCAAAAUACACCAUUAAUGUUUAGUGCAUAAUAAGGUAUUAUUUAAUCAUUGACAUUUGGUACACAUAUUUGAAGUUUGAAUUUACCAAAAUUUGAAUGAAGGUGAUUAUUUGUUUGAUCUGUUUUAAGAGGCCAAGGUUUUUUCUAAUUGUUCAUGUCCUGUUUUGUUUACAUAAGUAAUAUAUUUAUAAAAGUACCGGUUAAAUCAGUUUAUUUUCAGUUAUAAAAUAUUGUUACAUGAUCAAACUUUUAUUAGUUUUUGUCAUUAUUAGUCUUGAAUCGAACGUGGAAUCUUAAUUUAGUUUUUUUAUUUAAACAACAAACUCGUACAAAUCUUGUUAAUACAUAAAGGGUUGUGAGUUCUGCAGUACGGAUGCAAGUCGACAUCUCUAAAAUUUGUAUUGGGUUACAACUAACAUGAUAUUUGGAACAG